UUUGAAGUCAGCACCACAGAGAACCGUGUGGAAAUAUCCUUUCGCUCAUCGUCAUCAACUUCAGCUGGCAUCUCCAGAUAGGUUUGUUGUCAACGAUGGGUGCUGGAGCGUCGGCGUCACCACGAGAAAAGGAAUCGGACUUGACUCCGCGUAUCGCUGGGGAUCUCGCCUUGUUCAGUGCGAUCCAGAGAGAGUACGAUCAAAUGGCAACUGAGGAGCUCGGCAACGAAGUCAUCUUUGAGCGCAUGAAGCAGAUUUGUAAAACAGCCUAUGCUCCUCGAGACCCCAACGCCCCAAAGUCGGCACCUGCCAACGGCCGAGGACUUUAUCGGCGUUCAUCCGACCCUCAACGAAAGAAGCGCGAAGUCGUGUACUCGAAAGGCUUGGAUGUAACCAGAGACACGCUGCCCAAGCGGCAAUCCGAAUCAAAAACCCCAGAGUGUGCUGCCAUGCUCAAGAAAGCACUACAGUGUGUCCUCUUCACCGACUCGAGCGACGAAGAAAUGGACCGGCUUCUAUUCCUCAUGAAGAGAAUCAAGGUCGAAGCCGAGCAGAACGUGAUCAAACAGGGAGACCUCGGCGACCAGUUUUACGUUGUGCAUUCAGGGUCUCUUGAGGUCAUCGUCAACACCGCUGUUCUAGGAUAUCUGAAACCGGGAGAUCACUUCGGCGAACUGGCACUUAUCUAUGACGCCCCUCGAGCAGCCACCGUUCGCGCUGCUACGAACUCGAUUUUGUGGACACUCGACCGUGACGAGUUCCGUAUGAUGCAGGCGCGAUCAUCCAGUGAUUCACUCGUGAAACGUGCCAAGUGGCUGCGUCAGGUCGAAAUCCUCGCCAGUCUGUCAGAACGACAGCUUGCUCUGUUAGCAGGAGUCCUGAGCGCUGUGACAUACUCCGAUGGCGAGAUGAUCAUCAACCAAGGCGACGUGGGAGACACUUUCUUCAUUGUGGAGGAGGGCAAUGUAUCCUGUCAGAUGGAAGGCCCUCGAGGGUUUAAACACUCUGAUGCGAUGAGGACUGAGCUUGCUAUCUUGGGUCCAGGCGAUUACUUUGGCGAGAUGGCACUGCUCAGUGACAUGCCUCGUAACGCAAGUAUUUACGCUAAAGGUAGCGUAAAAUGCCUUAGUCUCGGGCGACAGGAAUUCGACUCUAUCCUUGGCCCACUCACUGACGUGUUGGACCGCAACAGCCGCAUUCGCAUCUUGCGAACAAUUCCCGCGUUUGCAACCAAGUCUCAAGAAGCCCUCGACUACGCUGUUUCGCAGCUCGAGAUUAAAGCCUUCCAAGACUCUCAGUGCAUCUUCCGACAAGGCGAUACAGCUGUAGCAUUUUACAUUGUCAAAUCCGGCUGUGUCAAGGUCAUCAAGAAGCGCCACGACGGCAACAACAAUCUCGUGACAGAAGAGCUUCUGCUGAAAGCCAACGAUACGUUCGGCGGAGAAGUAUUCGAACAGGCUGACAAGUAUUCUUGUACAGUCAUCUCAGCGGGUCGAUCACAGUGCCAGCGUCUAAAGGUGUCAUCUCUUGCUCGGUCUGGAUCCCGUCAGUUCACUCAACGCGUAAACAUGGGAGAGCAGGGUCGAAUUAAAAGCUGCACUCUUACGCUGGACGACAUUCGAGUGGCGGGCGUGUUGGGUGAAGGUUCCUUUGGCAAAGUUGUGAUGGUUCAUGCACUUUUGGACGGCGCAGAGGAGCAACCAAUGGCUCUCAAGAUCAUGGCCAAAUCUCACAUCAUCGAAUCCGACCAGCAAGUCCAAGUCAUGCGCGAAAAGCAGAUUCUGAUGACAAUUCCACAGCAUCCAUUCAUAGUAGACCUGUACGCCACCUAUCAGGACGCGAAUAAUUUAUAUAUGCUGAUGGAGUUGGUGCAAGGUGGAGAGCUCUUCACGCUGCUUCACAAUGAAGAGUUCAUCGAGACUGUUGACGAGUCGUCCGUUCGAUUCUAUUCAGCAAACGCAGUUCUCGGUCUCCAACACAUGCAUCGAUAUGACUAUGCAUACCGAGACCUUAAACCCGAGAACUUGCUGAUCAGUCGUGAAGGUUACCUCAAGUUCGUCGACUUCGGCUUCGCUAAGAAGAUCCCAUUCAUAGUAGUUAACAGCGAGGGCAUUGAAGAAGUCCACUCGCGCACUUUCACGCUAUGCGGGACACUGGAGUACCUCGCACCUGAGUUUGUCCUUAACACAGGCCACGAUCUCGCCGUAGACUACUGGGCACUUGGCAUCUUGAUCUACGAGAUGCUGGUCGGCUACACGCCGUUCGGCACUGGUGAUGGCGACACCACGCAACUAUUCCGCAACAUCGCCAUGAUUCGAACAGGUACCAACUCGGUGGACUUCCCAUUCCACCUACUAGAGAACUGUCCGCACGCGUGCGAUCUUGUGCGUCGUUUACUGCAAGGAGACCCCACGAAGCGUAUCGGCGUAGGCAUCAAUGGUGACCAGGAGCUGCGACAGCACCCCUGGUUCAGCAGGAUAGAAUGGGACAAGCUAUACAGCAUGAAUCUAGAGCCACCCUACCUACCUCCCAUCAGCGGCAAGUACGACAUCUCGCUCUUCGAAGGGGAAAUCGGAAACCGAGCCAAAGAUCGAGUCUUUGAUGGACAAGGAGACGAGUACUUUGUCGGCUUUUAA